CUUCAUGACUUAUUUAGUCUGAGUUCGUGCUGUUGUUGGGUGAGUGGUUAGGUAUGGACGCUGUGAAACAGGCGCUGAGCGAAGUCAGCCGGUCGGUGGUGCUGAUAACGGCAGCUGUGUGCGGAGCGACCACGCUGCUGCUGUGGAGCUGUACGAGCCGCCGAGCGGUCAACAAGAAGAUCCAAAGGGCCAGGGAGCGGAGAGAUGAGAGCCUGCAGCGAGCAGAGCAGGCGGUCCGACUGUACAAAGAGUCGCAUCCACUGAUGGGAAGUCCUGACAUUUUGACGCUGUCCCUGCCUGAGUUGACAAAGCAACUGCGUGAUGGUUCGCUGAAUCCUGAAAAUGUGCUUUACUCCUACAUGGAAAAGACUCUAGAGGUCCAUAUAAGGGUGAACUGCUGUACAUGGAGUUUUGUUGGAGAGUUUUGA